AACCAACCCAUCCUUUUAUUCUGUUUUCCAUAUCCACCAUCAUCAUUAUUACUUUAUAGUAUUUCAAUUAAUUAUUUAAUUAAUUCGGAUCAGCCGAUUAAGACGGGUCACGAACCCACCCACACACAUGAUCACCCCAUGUCCUCUCCCGUCCAUUUUUAUUAAUGGCUUCUGGUAGCCUGCUGUACACCUACUUAACUUCCCUUAAGCAUUUUCAGUGACCUCACACACAGUAUCUCGAUCUCAAUUUCCGCAUUUUUUUUUUUAGAAAAACCUAAUUUUACUGGAUCUCAAUUAUAUAUCUAUACUCACACACUUACUGUGUGUGUUUGUAAUUCACUUAAUCUGCUAGUUAGUGAGUUACAAGUUUGUUACAAUUCAGUUAUUCACGCAGUUAGUGUGUGUAGAUUUUUCGGGGGGGAAAAUGGUUGACGUUGACUAAGAGUUGACUAAGUUAGUUCAAUGAAGAAGAAGCAACAGCAGCAGCAGUCUGUUUUGCCUAAAUUAUUAACAAGGAGUAAUAGUAAGAAAUGGAAGACGAAAACAUUUGUAUUUCUAUUAGUAGGUUUUUGUUUUUCGACUUUUUUGUUAAUGGAAGCUCAGUACAGUCGAAUUAGCGGCGGCGGCGGCGGCGGCGGCGGUGCUUCUUCUUUCAUCUUCCCUGGUUUGUUUGUUCAGAAACCGAAAAUUGCUUUCUUGUUUCUCGCUCGAAAUCGCCUUCCGUUAGACCUUGUUUGGGAUGAAUUCUUUCAGAGUGAGAGUGAAUAUCGCUUUUCAAUAUAUGUUCAUUCUAGACCUGGUUUUCUGCUUAACAGAUUAACAACAAGAUCUAGGUAUUUUUUGGAUCGUCAAGUUAAUAAUAGCAUACAGAUAUAUUGGGGAGAAGCAAGCAUGAUACAAGCGGAGAUUAUUUUGCUCCAACAUGCACUCAUGGACCCUUCUAAUGAACGAUUCGCUUUCCUUUCAGACAGCUGCAUACCUUUGUACAAUUUCAGCUACACAUAUGAUUACAUAAUGUCUGCUUCAACUAGCUUCGUGGACAGCUUUGCUGAUACAAAGGAGGGUCGCUACAACCCCAAAAUGGAUCCAGUUAUACGUGUUCACCAUUGGAGGAAAGGAUCUCAGUGGGUGAUUCUGACCAGAAAGCAUGCAGAGAUUAUUGUAAGGGAUAAGACUGUUUUUCCUAUGUUCCAGCAGCAUUGUCAGAGGAAAUCACUACCUGAAUUUUGGCGGGAUCGUCCUGUUCCGGCUGAUAAUUCAAAGGAGCACAAUUGUAUACCCGAUGAACAUUAUGUUGCUACAUUACUUGCACAUAAAGGACUUGAAGGAGAACUUACAAGGAGGAGUCUAACUCACACUUCAUGGGAUAUUUCAUCCAGCAAAGGUCGUGAGAGGCAAGGAUGGCAUCCUGUGACCUACAAAUUGGCUGAUGCUACUCCCAUGCUAGUACAAUCUAUUAAGGAUAUCGAUAAUAUUUAUUAUGAGACAGAAUACCGGAGAGAAUGGUGUACCAGCAAGGGAAAACCAUCCCCUUGCUUCCUUUUUGCUAGGAAAUUUACUCGACCUGCCGCUAUGCAUCUUCUUAAUAUGUCUGCAUUGGGGUUCUCUAAAGAAGCAAGUUACUCCAUCACGAGGUGAAGUGUAUAGAAGUUAGUACGUUUAUUGACCUCCCAGGUAGGUUUUACUAGAAAAGUUACUACUUUGUUGUGUGUAGCCUGUAACAAAAUAAGUGUCUUUUAGUAUAGAAAAUAGGAACAUACAGCUACGAGUGAGUCUUUUUGUGUGCUUGUAUAUGUAUUCUCUCAUAAUCUCAUAUAGAUUUUUUCCC